AUGUCUACAGAAUUGGUUGAACUCAGAGCAAGACUACAAACAAUGGACUAUCGGUUGGCACGUGCACAGAAUGAUCUUAUCGAUUUAGCGAAGACGAAAUGUGGCACUGAUCCGUUGCUGAAAAGUUACUAUAGAUCCUUGAAGCUGGAAAUGGAGUCUCUACGUCAAGAACGAAACAAAUUGCGCGACGAACGAAAUAAACUAGUGGACGAGAAUGCUUCCCUAGCUAAUGUUUUCAAUUUAGUAUCGCAAUUGGUAUACGGGACAAAUGCAAGUGAUGGAGCAAAAAUUUCUGCAGCUGUAUCUGCUCUUGAGUGGACAGCUACUUCAACUGAAGAUCACAAGAUUGUAAAUACCGUGAAUGAAGAAAAACAGAUCCUGUCCUUUCAGGUGCAAAAUCCUCAUGGGUUUAUAGAUCAGGAUAAGGGUGUGACAAAAGCUGAACCGCUCACGCCUCUUUUCCUUAACGAAAAACAUAAGUGA